UCUCCUUUCUUUUUUAUCUUUCUUUUUUUUCCUUUCCCCUCCACUCUCUCUCAGCACCUUCAAAGUGAAUGUUUUCACUAAUUUACUCUUCCAAUCGACUUUCUAAAAAUCGAUUUUCUCUUCACGUAAUUUAAAAUUGAUUUUUCGAUUCUCUAUCUUCUAAUACACAAUCGACUUUUCAAAAGUUGAUUUUGGUUAAAAUCGACUUUUCAAAAGUUGGUUCAUUCCAUAAAUAUGAUAUUAUCUUCCCUAUAAUUUUGUUUUUUUUUUCUUUUUUCUAAAAUAUUUUCGAAAAAAAAAAACCUCCUCUUUUGAUCUUUUUCCCCGUGUCAAUUCAAUACAUGCAGAUGCAGAUGCUGUGAAGUGUAAGCCACGCACAUUCACAAAAAUUCUUUCAUAGGCCAAAGCAAUAUCCGUUUGAUCUUUGUCGGAGCCUAAAAUCACCAAUGGCCGAGUGGGAGUGGUCUUACUCCCAAUCACGCGGCUGCUGCAUCGACUGCACAAUCGUUCAAUCGCAGCAUAACCACACCCCAAUGUUCCCAGUAGAAGUUAUUUUCCAAAUCCAAAAUAUCUCCUUGUUGCUGAGACUGUCACAGUAGCCAGGGACAGUGAGCCAUAUCCAUGCCUCGAGCUACCACCAAUCCCAAGAAAUGGAUGGCGCGGAGGCUCCAGAAGGCUUCGACGACUGGGAACAGCUGCAGUCCCUCAAUACCCAAUUCCCUUCUUCACCGUCCCAAUCGACAGAAUGGGAAAGGCUGGUGAUCAGAGAGGACUACCUCUUCUCCGAUUGCUCCGCCUUUCCUCCGAGCCAGCACGAAGGCCUUGGAGUCCCUUCGGAAAAUUUUCAAGCCCCAGAACAACUAAUUUCGCCGUCGCCGGCGGCUGCGGCUUCUGAUUUGCUAUCUGCGUCGGGCGGGGGGCGGCGCGGCGAAAUUAUGAGGUCCUUCCUGAGGUUGCAUUUGGAAUUGCUGAGCUCCCGGGUACAUCGCAUGGCUUCCGCUGUACGUUAUUAUGCGGCAGGCAGAGAGGGUCGAUGGUCGGUCGGGAUGGCCGCCGCCGGAGCGGCGGCGGCGCUAUUGCUGACGUUGUUGUGCUCGAAAGUACGGCGGCGGCGGCGUCGGAGGUUACAGCGUGAGGCCUGGGAUCGAUUGAUGCUUCUUGUUAGAGAAAAAGAUGAGAAAAUCAGCCAGCUUAUGCUCCAAGUAGCCCAAAUGAGUGAAAUUUUAUCAGCACGCCGCAAGGUUCCAGUAUUUCGACUUAAUUGAUUAGUACUUGAUUAGCCAUACUUCUGUUAUUUGGCAUCUCUCUCUCUCUCUCUCUCUCUCUUUCUCUCUUUCUCCCCUACAUAUGUCGCAUUAGCUUACAAAUUCUCAACAAAUUUAGGCAUAUGUUUGUAUUGAUCAUUUCAUAGAUUAAAUUGGUGACUGCACUUGUAUUAGUCAUCAUGUUUUCAUGUAGUAUUCACUAUUCAGAAUGUAUUCUAUGGUAUGACAAUGUGGCAUAGGUCAACAACUAAAUUCACAAUUCUAUUCUUUCAUUUCA